CUGCGCUGUCCCGGGACCUGCCGUAAGGCUACUGUCUUGGCCUGAGCCUUACAGAGUUGCUGAGCAAUCAUCAUGGUGCUCACUCAUGCCCGAUUCUGGUCUCUCUAGCAACCCAGGAGCACUUUCCCCUGCGGGCCCAUGGGGCAGAGUUUGCAGCCGGAGCCGUCCGGGGAGAGGAGCGGUGGAAGGGAGCCGGCCGAGAUGGCAGAGGAGGGCUCUGAGCUGGAAAGGGGCCUCCAUGCCAUCGUGGGCAGCUUCUACAGAUACGCCGAGGGCUCCGAGGGACCCAAGGAGCUGGACCAGGCGGCUUUCCAGACGUUGCUCAGCAAUGAGCUGAGCCAUCAGCUCACGAACGCAGAGGACCGGAAGGCAGCGCUGGACAUGUUUAAGACGGUGGAUGCCAACAACGAUCAGAAAAUCUCCUUCGACGAGUACUGGGAUCUCAUCGCAGAGAUCUGCCGAGUGAUCCAGCGCAGCCAUUAUAAUGAGUAGUGACCGGGGAGCUGUGUCUGGUGGGGAAACCGAGGCACAUGCCUCAACGGGAAAUGCCCCCAAAUCCUUUGCCUGAUGCACUCAAAGCAAACCUGCACCUCCCCCACUAAACCGUAAUCUGUCUGCUAAACACCCCCACUAAACUCAGCGACCUUAAUCUGUCUGCUUGCUGGGACCCCUCACCCCCUUCCCCGUUCCGCAUGUCUCAUGCUUCUGCAGCUGCCCCUGUCCCCCUUGUCUGGAUCCCACCCUGAUCACCCCUCGGUCUUUGCUCACAUGCUCCCCACCUUGUCACAACCCAAUGGCCCCCUCCCUCAGGUCCCUUGGGGAGGCAGAUCAGCACUGUAUGUUGCUAACGUUGUUGCAAGCAUCGCAAGGCAUUUUGGGAAGGGUUAAAGG